AUGCUUGUUCCCGAGCCCCCGGUGAAGUUAGAGGGACAUUGCUCCGUGAUUCAUGAAAACACUCUUUACACCUACUCCGAAAAUGGCUUCGCCGCUAUUCCUCUCAAGCGCGACGGCGGAUGGACCGAACCUCCCACGGAGGGAGCUGAGCUAGUCUCGAAAGCAGCUUGUGUUAUAGGCGGUGUUGAUGGAAACGAACACCAAAAAGCGCUAUAUGUAGUUGGAGGGACAUCGUCAAAGUCAAAGAAUUCAAAGACGCCAGCUCUUCAACGAUACACUUUCAAAGAUAGGAAGUGGAAAUCUAUUUCUUUCGAUCAAGCCAACCUCGUCAACCGGACAUCCCACAGCGCUGUCUACCUGGAAUCCAUUUCCACGAUCGUGGUAUAUGGUGGCAGUAUGACAGACUCAGAGCAGAAGUCGGCUGACUCGUUUUCCGUAACGACCGGGCCGGAAUACAUUCUUGACUCUAUGACUGGAAAAUCCCCGGCGAUUUUGCCCGCGCUUUUUGCCUGGGACGAUGAAACCGCUGUUUUGUUCGGAGGUGAUACUACUGAAACCAGGACGCAGUUUUGGUCCAAGGGUGAUGGACACUGGAACCUAGGCGAGCAAAACUUGACGUCAGAAUUGCCAGAGGCGAAGACUGCCCUUCUCACUAGAUCCAACGGAGAAAAGAUACUGCAGACUUUCGAUACCAGCGCUUCACCAGUCACAGUCAAGCAGUUGUUCAAGUCAAAACAAUCCGAUUCCUCCAAGAAGCAGGAAAGAGCCGCCAACGAUAUGCCGAAGUAUGAUGAUUCUCUUGCACCUACCACAACUGCAGAGGGCGCCUCGUUGGCCCAGAGUUACGGCUCAGACGACCAACUUGUGGUGUUAUCAGGUGGUGGCGGUACCGACUCCUUGUCCAUCUUCAACCAAACCUCGAACAGCUGGGUGAAUUCAACCAAACUGUUCUAUGGUGACAAAACCGAACAAGAGAUUCUUGGAUCAAUAACACCCACAUCGUCCUCACAACCUUCGCCCACCACAUCAGAAUCCUCGACACCGUCAGAGCCGGUAGGCGGCAGCGGCGGCUCAAGUAACGAUAACGUUGGCGUGAUUCUUGGUGCAGUUUUGGGAAGUCUUGCAGGCGUUGCCAUCAUCCUUGUGCUUAUACUAUUCUAUAUCAGGAGGAAGAAGGAGAAGAUGAGACAGGCGGGCGGUCUGGACAAGGACCGACUGAGCUUCCAGGACCAGGGUGUAGAGCCCCUGGCUCGCUCAGCCUACCCCAUGGCCGAGAGUCCUGCACCGAGAGCAGCUGGGUCCAUGGAUUCGUUAGCCAUCUUCUCAGGAAAUAUGGGAGAUGAAAAGGCCCCCAAACCCGCUGGCUCUCUUCCACAGCACAUGCAAAAGUCUCAGCCCGCACGGCCUAGUCCGCUCAACAACAUCCAUUCCAGCGACGGCGAUGAUAAAGCCAUUGAAGCAGGCGCAUCCGCUGUACGCCCUGGUGACCGCACGACCGAUGAAGGCUGGGGUAAAUACUUCCAGGACAACCACACAACCCCGACCCUGGUUGGCAUGCAGUCUCCUUUCGACUCGACGCGCGAUUCAAAAGCCACCAUAUGGCCUGGAAAUAACAAUACGAACUCCCUCCCGCCUUUGGACACAAACUUCCUCCACCAGCCCACCCCAUUAGGGCGAGUCAACAGCGGCAGCCCCACAGCAGGAGUCGCGACAUCCGUUGUAGACGGCAGGCAGAUCGUGAUCGCUGAGGGCCAGUCAGCCAGGAUCUCCAGUGCCGACUCUGCCAGCAUAGUCUCAGAGGAGGACCCGGAGCGGUAUAACCCUAUCCGUGAACACAGCUGGCUCGGUCGUCCCCCAAGCAGUGCCUACAGCAGGAGCUUUUACAACCCACAUAGCAGCACGCGGGAACUUCCUUCCACAGCCGUCCCUUCUACAGCUACCCCCUCGACCGUUGACUACAGAAAGCACGACUCGGCUCGCACCAACACGCGAGGCUCCAGUGUUCUCAUCCCUGAUGGCCAGCCGCUCCCACGAAACAACGUCAACUCGGAUAUGAGUUGGCUGAACAUCCACGCCGAUCGAUAA